AUGUCCAAGGUAUUUAAGAAGACCAGCUCCAAUGGGAAGCUCUCCAUCUACCUGGGGAAACGGGACUUCGUGGACCAUGUGGAUGCUGUGGAACCUAUUGAUGGUGUCAUCCUGGUUGACCCUGAUUACCUAAAAGGUCAAAAGAUGUUUGUCACAUUGACAUGUGCUUUUCGCUAUGGCCGUGAUGACCUGGAUGUGAUUGGUCUGACUUUCCGCAAAGAUCUCUAUGUACAGGCACAGCAAGUGGCUCCACCUGAGCCUACCAGCCCCUGGGUACCCCUCACAAUCUUACAGGAGCGACUUCUUCACAAACUAGGGGAUGACAGUGCCUACCCCUUUACCCUGCAAAUGGUUACUAAUCUGCCCUGUUCGGUGACACUGCAGCCAGGACCAGAAGAUUCAGGAAAGGCCUGUGGGAUUGAUUUUGAAGUAAAGACUUUCUGUCCUGCAAAGUUGGAAGAGAAAAUCACCAAGAGUGAUUCUGUGAGGCUGGUGGUCCGGAAAAUACAAUUUGCAUCCUUGAAUCCAGGUCCGGGUCCCAGGGCUCAGAAUUUCCUUCUGUCAGCUCAGCCCCUACAGCUCCAGGCCUGGAUGGAGAGGGAGGUUCACUACCAUGGAGAACCUAUCACUGUUAAUAUUUCCAUCAACAACUGCAACAGCAAGGUCAUCAAAAAAAUCAAGAUUUCAGUUGACCAGAUCACAGAUGUUGUCCUGUAUUCAUUAGACAAAUACACUAAGACCAUGUACCUUCAGGAGUUCAGGGAGAUUGUAGCUGCUAACUCCAGCUUCUCCCAGAGCUUUUCAGUAACCCCAAUCCUGACUGCCAACCAUUGGAAACAGGGUCUGGCACUAGAUGGCAAGCUCAAGCAUGAAGAUACCAAUCUGGCUUCUAGCACAAUUCUUCCACCUGGAAUGAACAAAGAGCUUCUAGGAAUCCUGUUGUCCUACAAAGUUAGAGUCAACCGGACAGUGUCCUGUGGGUUCAUCCUAGGAGAUCUGACAGCCAGUGAUAUUGGUGUGGAGCUGCCUCUGAUCCUGAUCCAUCCAAAGCCAUCUCAUGAAGUCACUAGUUCGGAAGACAUUGUCAUUGAGGAGUUCAGACAGGACGAACAUCAUGGGGCCCAGAUGCAGAAGGCUUUGGCCACUGAGGGAGAGGAGGGGUGCUGAGUGCCCAGCUCAGAGCCCGCACUGUAAUCCACUAAUAAAUUGUUUUGUCUAGACUUGGCUAUUGAUCUGAUUUCUAUUUCCUCCUCCUGAAGGACAAUGGAACUAUUAGGAAUGAUCUACCCUUCUUCAGCCCCCCCCCCACUGACCAUAAUUAGAUUACCCUUAGUCCUCUGACAUCUACCUCACAAUGCUAACCAUUCUCCUUAUGUCCUUCAGCUAUCUCUCUAGCCUUGGCCACUCCCAUCCUGUCUCUAUCACCUACUACUGCCAGCACCCCACUGCCCUAGCACUAGGUGCAGGCACUGCAGGAACUUCAGGGAAGAAGCUAAAGGGGCCUUGCUAUGCCCAAAGCCAACUGACAGAUGGCAGACAACCAAACGUAGGAAACCAGUGUUGCUAUCGCGCUACCUUCAACCUAGUAUGAUGUUGCCUUUGGUCUAUGCAAGGUUUGGAGUAAGACUAGAGGCUUUGGCCUGGAGACUAACGAGAAAAACAAACACCAGGUGCAGUUCAAAUUAAGCCUCAAAAUGCUGGGAAAACAGAAUGGUGUGGGUAGGGGUUGGGCUCUGGGAAUAAGAAAGUGGGAAUGGUAUGAGAGUAGGGAUCUUCUUGUGUGUGUGCCAAUACUGGGGCUUGCACUAAG